AUGGCCGGGAAGCUGCUGUCGCUGCUGCCGCCGCUGGUGCUGGCCGCCGCGGGCCUCGCUGGCCUGCUGCUGCUGAGCGUGCCCACCCGCCACGUCUGGGAGCCGCUGGCCCUCAAGGUGCCCCCCGACCCGCAAGGCCGGACCCCGCACCCCUGCGCCCCGCGCCCCGGCGCGCCUCCGCUUCUGCCCGGGGGUCCCCGAACCAGGGGUUCCAUCCCCGUCCUGCAGUAUGGCAUCGUCCUGGACGCCGGCUCUUCCCACACGUCCGUGUUCAUUUACAAGUGGCCCGCAGACAAGGAGAAUGACACAGGCAUCGUCAGCCAGCUCAGCUACUGCGACGUGAGCGGUGGGGGCAUCUCCAGCUAUGCCAACAACCCAUCCCGUGCCGGCCAGAGCCUUGUGAAAUGCUUGGACCAGGCCGUGAGGGAGGUGCCCAAAGAAAGGCAGGCAGGCACACCUCUGUAUCUGGGGGCCACGGCGGGCAUGCGCCUGCUUAGUCUGCGCAACCCCGAGGCAGCAGCCAAUGUCCUCCAGGAAGUGUCCCGUGUGAUGGCCCGAUACCCUUUUGACUUCCGGGGGGCGAACAUCCUGUCCAGCCAGGCCGAGGGGGUGUUUGGCUGGGUGACUACGAAUUACCUGUUGGAAAACUUCAUCAAGUAUGACUGGGGGGGCCUGUGGCUCCGGCCUCAGGGUAAGACCCUGGGGGCUCUGGACCUGGGCGGAGCGUCCACCCAGAUUACCUUUGAGACCAGCAGCGUCCUCGAGGACCCCAGCACGGCCGUGCAGCUCCGCCUCUACGGCCACCAGUACCACCUGUAUACGCACAGCUUCCUGUGCUACGGUCGCGACCAGGUCCUGCUCAGGCUGCAGGUGGCGGCUAUCCAGGCCUACCGCUCACACCCCUGCUGGCCCAGGGGCUACUCCACCCGGGUUCAGCUUCAGCAGUUGUAUGAGUCACCGUGCCUGGCCUCGCAACGGCCCCAGACCUUCAAUGGCAGCAGCUGGGUCAACGUGUCGGGCAGUGGCGACCCUGUCCUCUGCCGCCACCUCAUCUCCCGGCUCUUCAGCUUCCCCCACUGUGCCUUCUCCCGCUGCUCCUUCAAUGGCACCUUCCAGCCCCCUGUGGCUGGAAACUUUAUUGCCUUCUCUGCCUUCUUCUACACCGUGGACUUCCUACACACAACGAUGAACCUACCCGUGGCUACCCUCACACAACUGGACGCAGCUGUGCGGACCCUCUGCAACCAGAGCUGGGCCGAGCUGCAGGCUCGGGUUCCUGGCCAGCAAAACCACCUGCCCCACUACUGCGCCAUGGCCACAUUUGUGCACCAGCUACUGAGCCUCGGCUAUGGGUUCGACGAGAACACCUUCAGUGGGGUGACCUUCCAAAAGAAGGCUGGGGACACCGCGGUGGGCUGGGCCCUGGGCUACAUGCUGAACCUCACCAACAUGAUCCCCGCCGAGACUCCGAAGCUGCGCAAGGGCAUAGACGCCAACUCCUGGGUGGUCCUUCUCCUGCUCUUCAGCGCCAUGGUCCUGGCAGCCUUGGUCCUGCUGCUGCUCCGGGCGCGCUCCAAGUCUCCGAGUGUCAUCUAGGGCACCGCGUCCUGUGCGGGUCCCAAGUCUCUAGCCUGCCUGCCCCGCAGCUCACUUCCGUGCUCGGCCUUGAAAUCAGCCCGGAACAGACUGGCACUGCCGAAUGCACCAACAUGCACAGUGACUGGGGGUCCCUAAUCCCCCUUCCGGCACCCCCUUUACACGCUGGCCAUGCCCAAGACAGCCUGCCCCUCCUCGCCCUGGAGCAGAGCAGAGACCCGGUCCUAGCCCUCAGCGCCUUUCUGCAGGGCUGAUCUAUAGAUAGGCUGGUCUCCUACUUGAAGGGCGGGAUCCCCAGAGCUCCUUCUGGUAUCUCCACGAGCCUACUUACAUGCAUUUUGUAAUAAAACCUCACUUUGAUUAGGA